GAAAAGACACAGGAAACCACGGACUUAAGAAACUUGACUGGCAUUCAGGUUGUCCAAUCAAUGGCUGCCGCUGGAGGGUGAGGCAGAAUGGCGUGUGCCGAGUUGAAGGAAAGACGUAAGCAGGAGGCACGGAAGUGAUUGGCUGAAGGCACUUCCGGCGAGCGCCUAAACGUGACCUGCUCUCCUCUGGCGCCAAAAUGUCGCUUGUGGCGGGGGUUAUUCGGCGGCUCGACGAGACAGUGGUGAACCGUAUCGCGGCAGGGGAAGUUAUUCAGCGGCCGGCUAAUGCCAUCAAAGAGAUGAUUGAGAACUGUUUAGAUGCAAAAUCCACUAGUGUUCAAGUGGUUGUUAAAGAGGGAGGCCUGAAGUUGAUUCAGAUCCAAGACAAUGGCACUGGAAUCAGGAAAGAAGAUCUGGAUAUUGUGUGUGAGAGGUUCACUACAAGUAAAUUGCAGUCCUUUGAGGAUUUAACCAGUAUUUCUACCUAUGGCUUUCGGGGUGAGGCUUUAGCCAGCAUAAGCCAUGUGGCUCAUGUUACUAUUACAACCAAAACAGCUGAUGGAAAGUGCGCAUACAGAGCAAGUUACUCAGAUGGAAAACUGAAAGCUCCUCCUAAACCAUGUGCAGGCAAUCAAGGGACCCAGAUCACGGUGGAAGACCUUUUUUACAACAUAGCCACAAGGAGGAAAGCUUUAAAAAAUCCAAGUGAAGAGUAUGGGAAAAUUUUGGAAGUUGUUGGCAGAUAUUCAAUCCACAAUUCAGGCAUUAGUUUCUCAGUUAAAAAACAAGGCGAGACAGUAGCUGACAUUAGAACUCUACCUGGUGCCACAACUGUGGACAAUAUUCGCUCUAUCUUUGGAAAUGCUGUUAGUCGAGAACUGAUAGAAGUUGGUUGUGAGGAUAAAACCCUAGCCUUCAAAAUGAAUGGCUACGUAUCCAAUGCAAACUACUCAGUGAAGAAGUGCAUCUUCUUACUCUUCAUCAACCAUCGUCUGGUAGAAUCGACUUCCUUGAGAAAAGCCAUAGAAACGGUGUAUGCAGCAUAUUUGCCCAAAAACACACACCCAUUCCUGUACCUCAGUUUAGAAAUUAGCCCCCAGAAUGUGGAUGUCAAUGUGCACCCCACAAAGCAUGAAGUUCACUUCCUGCAUGAGGAGAGUAUCCUCGAGCGGGUGCAGCAGCAUGUUGAGAGCAAGCUCCUUGGCUCCAACUCCUCCAGGAUGUACUUCACCCAGACUUUGCUACCAGGACUUGCUGGCCCCUCUGGAGAGGUGGUUAAAUCCACAACAGAUCUGACCUCAUCUACUUCUGGAAGUGGCAACAAGGUCUAUGCCCAACAGAUGGUCCGUACAGAUUCCCGGGAACAGAAGCUUGAUGCAUUUCUACAACCUCUGAGCAAGCCCCUAUCUAGUCAGCCCCAGGCCAUUGUGCCAGAGGAUAAGACAGAUGGUUCUAGUGGCAGGGCCAGGCAGCAAGAUGAGGAGAUGCUUGAACUCCCAGCCCCUGCUGAAGUGGCUGCCAAGUGUCAGAGCAUGGAGGGGGAUGCAACAACGGAGACUUCAGAAAUAUCCGAGAAGAGAGGACCCACUUCCAACCCAGGCAACCCCAGAAAGAGACAUCUGGAAGACUCUGACAUCGAAAUGGUGGAAGAUGAUUCCCGAAAGGAAAUGACAGCAGCUUGUACCCCCCGGAGAAGGAUCAUUAACCUCACCAGUGUCUUGAGUCUCCAGGAAGAAAUUAAUGAGCAGGGACAUGAGACUCUCAGGGAGAUGCUGCAUAACCACUCCUUUGUGGGCUGUGUGAAUCCACAGUGGGCCUUGGCACAGCAUCAGACCAAGUUAUACCUUGUCAACACCACCAAACUUAGUGAAGAGCUGUUCUACCAGAUACUCAUUUAUGAUUUUGCCAAUUUUGGUGUUCUGAGGUUAUCGGAGCCAGCACCUCUCUUCGACCUUGCCAUGCUUGCCUUAGAUAGUCCCGAGAGCGGCUGGACAGAGGAAGAUGGUCCCAAAGAAGGACUUGCUGAAUACAUUGUUGAAUUUCUGAAGAAGAAGGCUGAAAUGCUUGCUGACUAUUUCUCUUUGGAAAUUGAUGAGAAAGGGAACCUGAUUGGAUUACCCCUUCUAAUUGACAACUAUGUGCCCCCUUUGGAGGGACUGCCUAUCUUCAUUCUUCGACUAGCCACAGAGGUGAAUUGGGAUGAAGAAAAGGAAUGUUUUGAAAGCCUCAGUAAAGAAUGUGCUAUGUUUUACUCCGUCCGGAAGCAGUACAUAUCUGAGGAGUCCACCCUCUCAAGCCAGCAGAGUGAGGUGCCUGGCUCCACUUCAAACUCCUGGAAGUGGACUGUGGAACACAUUGUCUAUAAAGCCUUCCGCUCACACCUUCUGCCUCCUAAACGUUUCACAGAAGAUGGAAAUAUCCUGCAACUUGCUAACCUGCCCGAUCUAUACAAGGUCUUUGAGAGGUGUUAAAUAUGGUCAUUUAUGGAUUCUGAGGGUGGAUCUUAAUCACAGUUUGCUACAGAGAAAGGUCACAAGAUAACUUUAAGACAAUAAAGGGAUGGUUUGAAUCUGAUAAACCUGAUUCCGGGAAAUAGAAGCACGAGUUGAUCACAUAAGACGUGCUGACCUCUAAAAAAGUUUCCUCCCUGCUUUUUUGGACUAUUGAUUUAAGCUUGCUGAUACAAU